CAGUGUUCCUCGCUUGCUCGCUGCUGCUUCUCCUUUCUCCCCACACAAACCAACCCGACAGCUAGAGACCAUGUCGUUCCAGGCGAUGAUGUCUGGAGCAGAGUGCUCGACGGGCAACAAUGCCCUGUCGCAGUUUCUCAAGCACACGAGCGGCGACCGCUCUCUGCAGCAGGGCGACCGGACGCAGGCCGGCCCAGCUGGGCCUUCGAGCUCGUCGAUGCGACAGCAGGGCCCCAUGGGACCCGGAAGCGGACCCGAAGCAGAAGCCUUCUUCCGCCAGCAGCAGCAGCAGGGCGGUCCGCAGUUUCAGCCAGGUGCAUACGACUUCGAACAGAUGAAGGCCGAGAUGAACAGGAUGGGUGGCGCUGGUGGCCCCGGUGCUGGUGCUGGCUGGGCCGACGAAAUGCAGCGCCGAGGUGCGCCUGGUUCCGGACCGCAGCCAUUCUCACCCGAGAUGCUUCGACAGAUGGGCGUUGGAGGCGGUGGACCUAAUCCGGGUGAAAUGGAAGCCGCAUUUGCCCGAGGAGGCGAUGGUCAGGCCCAAGCGUGGCGGCAGCAGUUUCCCAACUACCAGCCCCAGAGCUCCACGACGUCGGGUUCGGGCGGCGGCAGUGGCGGUGCCUCGACUUUCGCUCCUCGCUAUGGUAUGGGAGGCUCCAUGGGCAUGGGCUACGGUGGCAUGUCGAGCAUGGGCGGCAUGGGCAUGUACAACCGUGCAUCCCCUCAGCUGAGCCAGAGUAGGACCCAGCAGCAACAGCAGCAGGGCAAUGGCCAAAUCGUCGAGCUCGACGACGCAAAGUGGGAGGAGCAAUUUGCCAAGCUCGACCAAGCCGGCAAGGAUGGUGAGACGGCGACGAGUACGGACAAGGGCAAGGGCAAGGGCAAGGCAAAGGAGGAUGACGAAGACCAGCUGCCGUCAGAGGCGGAGCAGGAUCGCAAGGUCCGCGAAGCACUCGAUGCUCUGGAGCGAGAUGUGCAGGCCGAUGGCAAUGAAGCCCAAACGCGCUUUGAGGAGCUGUGGAAGAGCAUGAAUGCCGGCAACGCGCCCGAUCCAGACCUGGCCAACUGGGAAAAGGAGCUCAGCGAUGCCCGCAACCGGAUGCAAGAUGAAAUGUAUAUGCACCCUGGAGGUGGCAUCGGAUUCGGGGAAGCAGCCCGAGGAGAGACGGCCGGGCUCGACGGUACUGAAGACGCUCUCCUCGACGGCUUCGGUACGAUCAGCGCUGAUGGCUAUCCUCGUCUGGGCAGCUACCGCUUCGACAACCGGAAUCCCUUUGUAAGCCACGAGGACCCCUUGAGUGAGGGCCUGCGGUUGCUUUCCAGCGGUGGCAGUCUCGCCGAUGCUGCAUUGCUGUUCGAAGUGGCCACACAGCGCGACGUCGCCGGUGGCACAGGAGGCGAAUCGAAUGAAGUUGAUGCCCAGAUGAGGCACAAGAGCGAAGCCUGGCGUCGCCUCGGCGAGGCUCAAGCGAUGAACGAGCGGGAGACGCAAGCAAUUCGAGCUCUGGAAGAGGCCAUCAGGCUCGACGAAGGCAAUCUGGAGGCGUACAUGUCGCUUGCCAUUGCCUACACCAACGAAGGGUACGAUGCUGCGGCACACUCCACGCUGGAGCGCUAUAUGCAGCGGGCCUACCCCCACAUCAAACCAGCGCCACUGCCUGCUUCUAUCUCCGGUCCCAAAGAUCCCAUCGAGGGCACAGUCUCGGGCGAUGGCACGACGAACCCAUGGGCAUCGCUUAACCGUGUCACUUCGCUGUUUCUCCAGGCUGCGCGGGAGGGUAACUCCAGCGGUCGCAUCGACCCAGAAGUCCAGGUUGGUCUCGGCGUACUCUUCUACUCCAACAGCUCGUACGACCAGGCAAAGGACUGCUUCGAGACCGCACUUCAGGCCAGGCCAAACGAUUUCCUCCUCUGGAACAGGCUCGGCGCGACGCUUGCCAACGGCGGCAAGCCGGAGGAAGCCAUCGAGGCGUAUCACAAGGCAUUGGAGCUGCGACCGACGUUUACGAGGGCAAUCUACAAUCUCAGCGUCUCUUGCCUCAACCUGGGUGCCCAUCAUGAGGCAGCCGAACACCUUCUGGCCGCCCUGUCGCUUCAGCAGACGCAUGCAUUGCCCGAUGUUCCCCCCGAUGUCGGCCCUGGAGACGUGCGCGUGCCGCCCUUGGCCGAGGCACAGGAGAGUUCCAACCUCUGGAGCACGCUGAGGCGAAUCUUCCUUUGCAUGGAUCGAAUGGAUCUGGCACAGCACGCUCAUGUCGGAGCAGACCUGUCUCAGUUUCGAGCUCAAGGCUUUGAAUUUUGAGCAGGAGCAGGAGCAGCCCAGGCCGCUAUUCAUAGCAUACGACGAGGAUGGACUGAUCCGAUGGCACUAAACACACAAACAAGCACUCAAGUCUUUGCCCUUUUCUCCCUCACUACGCCUGUGCCUAACUCCAAUCAUGAUGCGAUGAUACAGAAAUCAGAGAAGAAAGUCCGCUU